AUGUCGUCCUCAAACAUACACGAACAAGGGGAGGAAGACAUGUCGUUUGACCCUGCCAGAUGUGCCUCGUUCUACAACCGCAUCAUCCGCAUCAGUUUCGAUGGGAACCGACGGGCUGAACGAGGCGACCGGAUUAUCCAGGAUUGGUUUAGCAUCUGGCAGGAUCAUCCGCGCAUGCGCGAAUGCCGUCAGAUCUUCCCGGAGCCCUUUAUACCAUUUCUCAAACAAGUGGAAGUCAUCGUCGAUCAAAACAGCCGUCCCCGAAUGCGCGAUGCUCUAGUUCAGCACCUCGAGCCGAUCUCCUCUCCAGAACUGAUGCUGGCUCUUGGACCGGGGUCGGUCUGGAUGGAAAUAGAUGACUGUGUUCUUCUUUUCCGGAACAAUCUAUAUGGAUUGACCGACUGUGCAGGUGUCGUGAUGGAUCUGCAUGACCUAACAGUUCGCUACCUGCCAUCUAUCUAUUACUUCGACACAGCAAAUAUAGAAGCAAACCCAUGGUAUCCGCUCCAAGACCUUCUCGAACGACUAAAUGCUAUUAUUGAGGUGGGAAAGUACCGGCCGGUCCCCUUUGGAAGUGUACAAAAUGAUCCUUUGAGUGCGAAUAUCGCCUGUUGGGAUGUUGUCCCGUGGAAUAAUUUCAUUCUGAAGCAAUCACUUGAAGCAUAUGACGCGCUCCUAGAAGCGAUCACCUCUCGUCUUCCAUCCGCUGGCGAGCAACAACAACAACAGUUCCUUGCGACAGAGGAAUCCAUCGGCUCACACAUCCAAGGAUUCCCGCGUGCAUUUCUGCUCGCUGCCACUAAGCCCUCCUUCCAAUUCAUCGCCCCGGGGUUGACCGUUUAA